UACUCGCUCUUUCUUCACACCCAAAAAAAACGUUCUCUCGUGCAAACCCUUCUCCGUCUCUCUAUCACACCGAUACCAGCUACAUAAACCCUAACUCUCACCAUCUUCCCGCUACGAGAACGAGAUGGCGAGUUCCAAAGUGCUGCAAGGACAAUCAGUGCAAGUAUUCAACGAAGGAAUUGGUUUGAUUUUGAGCCGUUGGUCAGCUCUCCGAACCGCCGUUGAAAACGAGUGGGGUGGCCGGGAUUCUCAUCUCAAAGCUCAACAGUUCGCUGCCGAUUUGCUUUCUUGGUUUACUCAAUCCAAAGAGCCGCUUUAUAUUGAUGACCUGGAAACAUUAAUCGACGAAGGCAUGCUUUCUUUCAAUCUAGAGAUUCAGGAUGGUAGCGUUGAAGAGGUAGCUGAGGAACUAAUGAUUAUGCAUGAAGAGUGCUUAGAUGGUGAUUUUAGUUCUGUUGAGCGUCUCCGGGAAGCUAGUCGUAAUCCAACUCCUCAUUCUCAAGUUCAACAGGUUGUGAAUGGUGACGAAGAUGAUGAUGAUUCUGAUGAAGACAUCAUUGGCGAUGAUAAUUCAGCAAACAUGGAUAUGGACAUUCAAAAAUCCGAAACUAACUUAAAUUCCACGAGCAAGACAGUUAACGAGCCUCAGUCAGAGGUUGCAGGUGAAACAGCAGAUGAUGGAUGGGUUGUUGUCUCCAAGAAGAAAACUAAGGGUAGAAAGAAUUAGAUAAAAAACAUUUGUAUUAUUUAUUUUCAAGGAUGUGAAAUCUCGCUUGUUUUGACGUGUCUGUUAGUUAUUUCAAGCUUUAUUGAGUUGUGUAAUCGUGUUAUUUCGGAAUUUUUGUUUACUUAUUUAAAGGGAUCCAUCCUAUGAGGUAUAUACCAAUAUAUAUAAGCUGAGUAAAUGAUUUUGGGAAA